UGAUCGUUGAGCAUAGAUACAGAAUAAGACUGAUGAAGCCACACAGUCUUCUGACAGCUUCUGGACAACGUCCGCUCGUCCGCUCGUGCGUUGGAUGCUCACGCCCAUGGGUAUCUUGACCACGAUCUACGCAUUGAAUAUUGUUGCCUGGGGAGGCAUGCUGUUCCUCCUGAUGUGCAAUGCAGCGCCGGCGAUGUGUCACCCUGACUGCGACAGCCUUGACUCGUCGCGCCGAGUCUGGAUCGAGAUCGACUCUCAAAUCCUGAACGCCCUUUUCUGUGUGACGGGAUUUGGGCUGGCGCCCUGGCGCAUGCGCGACCUAUAUUUCUGGGGGCUAUGGCGACUAAGUCGAUCGGAACGAACUCGUCAAAGAGGGCUCGUUCAUCUGGCAGACAUCCAUUCUAGUUGGUUCCUUCGGCCUCGGGAGGUGAUGGAAAUGCUGCCCAGUGCAUCUUCUUCCACCAAACUAGACGUACCACAUCUCAAACCAACUCCGCUCUGGAAGAUGGACGUCGUGGUUUGGGGCAACAUGCUCAACACCGUCUUCCAGAUUUGUCUCGCCUUAUGUAUGUGGACGAUGAAUCGAUUGAAUCGGCCGAGCUGGACGACUGGUCUUUUCGUUGCCCUGGCCUGCCUCGUCGUCGGCUUCGCAGGGGUGGUGACAUGGUUGGAGCAAAGGCGAAUCGAGAACAAUCCCAUUCACGAAGCGGUCUCGGUGACAGCUGAAGGCCCCACGGAUGCUAAGCCUCCGUCUGGGCCGUGAGCAGCAUUAAAAAGGUACCGAACCCGGACGUCCAUGCUGUGUGUCUUGGCGCUGCUCUCACGUUGCAAUGCGGUGGGGCACCAGUUAGUGUCUUACUAUCUUCUAGUCCGAGCACCGACGUACGUGUCUCCACUCGGUUACUGGGGGCCGUUUCAGAAGUUGUAGCUGGACACAGGCCCUCUAGGUGGAGUGAUGGGGGUAUCCUGGACGUUGGAGAACGGGGAGAUACAAGUGUGGCCACCAGGUACGGAUUGGGGAGAGGCACA